GCCGCCGCCGGCCGCGUCUGCGCCAAGCAGCUGGGCGAGCUCUGCACCGAGCGCGACCCCUGCGACCACCACAAGGGGCUCUUCUGCGACUUCGGCUCCCCCGCCAACCGCAAGAUCGGCGUCUGCACCGCUCGGGACGGCGCCCCGUGCGUCUUCAGCGGCAUGGUGUACCGGAGCGGGGAGUCCUUCCAGAGCAGCUGCAAGUACCAGUGCACCUGCCUGGACGGGGCCGUGGGCUGCGUGCCCCUCUGCAGCAUGGACGUCCGCCUGCCCAGCCCCGACUGCCCCUACCCGCGCCGGGUGAAGCUCCCUGGAAAGUGCUGUGAGGAGUGGGUCUGCGAUGAGGCCAAAGAGCAGACUGCUGUGGGACCUGCCCUUGCUGCUUACAGACUGGAAGAUACUUACGGUCCAGACCCAACAAUGAUGCGUGCCAACUGCCUGGUGCAGACGACUGAGUGGAGUGCUUGCUCCAAGACCUGUGGCAUGGGCAUCUCGACCAGGGUCACCAAUGACAAUGCCUUCUGCAGACUGGAGAAACAGAGUAGACUGUGUAUGGUCAGGCCUUGCGAAGCAGACCUGGAGGAGAAUAUCAAGAAAGGCAAAAAGUGCAUCCGCACCCCCAAAAUCUCCAAGCCUGUCAAGUUUGAGCUGUCUGGCUGCACCAGUGUGAAGACCUACAGACCUAAGUUCUGUGGUGUCUGCACUGACGGGCGCUGCUGCACACCCCACAGAACAGCCACCCUCCCCGUGGAGUUCAAGUGCCCUGAUGGAGAGAUCAUGAAGAGGAAAAUGAUGUUCAUCAAGACCUGCGCCUGCCACUACAACUGCCCGGGAGACAAUGACAUCUUUGAGUCUCUGUACUACAGAAAGAUGUAUGGAGACAUGGCGUAAGGCCAGAAGGAGACGUGAACUAGAUUCUCGACUUGAACUGAUUUACAUCUCAUUUUGUAAACAUGAUUCAAUAGAACAAGGUAUUUAAAUCAUUCUUUCUUUUUAAUUCAACAAACUGCUCCAUGUGACUCAAGACAAUUUUUCUACUGACCCCAAGUGGUGGUUUGAAGAAGAAGGUAAAAUGGACAGUGGGACCACAGCAAGACACAGCUUCAGAACAUGCUGUUCGUGAGGUGGUGUGAAGGGGUUAAAGGAAACAGGCAGGAAAAGCAGAGGCAAGCAAAUGUUCCCUUAAGGUGGCACAGCUUCAUCUGGUAGUGCAAUUGAGGAGCCCUGGAUGCUGCUUUAGUGACAGCAGCCGCAGGAAUGCAAAUCCUCACACAGCAAAAUGUUAAGUAGAAGGUGUUCUGUUAGUCAGGACAGUAAUGUUUCAGCUCUGACACUCUGAUUCAUAUGGCUUGGUCAACAAGAAUCAGAAUCAUGUCUAUUAGACUGGACAGCUUGUGGCAGUUAGUUUACCUGUAACAAGCUACUUUUUAUUAAUAUUGUAAAUACUGUGUGUAUAUAUAUUUGUACAGUUAUCUAAAUUAAUUUAAAGUUUUGUGCCUUUGUUUAAUGCUUUGAAAUUUCAAUGAUAGCCUUCUUUUUUGGAACAAGAUAGGUAAGAUUUAAAGCUUGUCUGACAAUGCAUUCAAAGUAUGAAAUAGAUACUCUAGUGGAAACUGUUCAGCUAGGGCUAAAUGGUGAGUUAAGGUCAAGAUGAUUGUUAGCUGAGCUGCCUGUAUCCUUACAAAGCACUCAUCUGGCAAUAUACAUUUACUUCCACUUUAUUGGACAAGUGGCUUUAAGAAAAAUGGCUCUUCUGUAGCUCAUCAGUCUUUCCACUUGAGCAUUUCUUUCUUUCUUUGACUAUGGCUCUUUUUGGAUGGUUUAUUUGUUGAGAAGUGUGACCAAAAGUUACAUGUUUGCACCUUUUUAGUUGAAAAUAAAGUAUUUAUAUUUUUUA